AUGCACGUGUUGCCUUCGCGUCUGUUUGCGCUGGUGUUGAUGGCGGCGCUGCUGCUUGUCGGCGGUGCGGAUGCUCGCGGGAGGCGGACUCCGCAGCAGGCGACGCUGAACUUCCUGAUGGAGUUCGUCGACGAGUACAGGCGCGUGCUGAGGCCGCUGUGGACUGGGUCUGACUACUGCACAUGGAGCGGCGUAUCAUGCGCUGCAAACGGCGAGGUAUCCGUAAACCUGAGCGGCCGCGGCCUCGUUGGCGAAAUGCCGGAGGUGGACGACGAAGACGGCGAGCUGUCGCUCGUGGUGUCGAUCGACCUGUCGAACAAUUCUGGGAUCCACGGCGACUUCGAGAGCGACUGGAAGAACUUGGCGAACCUGCGCGUGAUGAACUUGAGCUACACGUCGCUGCACGGAUACAUUCCGAAUGAGUGGCGCAACAUGGCGAGCUUGGAGGAGGUGUACAUCCACCACACUGCGGCGUGCAGAGACUUGCCGCAGUGGAGGCAGAUGCCAAUGCUGCGCGUUGCAGACCUGUCGUACAACAACUUCCAGGGAUCGCUGCGCUCGGAGUGGUCGCAGCUGCCAGCGCUGCAGCAUGUGAACCUCGACGGUAACGCGUUCUGCGGAUGUGUACCGACGUCGUGGAGUGGGAACGCCGUGCUGGCCAGCGCCGCCGCUAAUCUUGCCGCGUCCGAUGCGUCCACUUGCUACGUGAGCCGCUGCUUGAAUCGCCAGGCGUGUCCUUACGCGCCGAACUUUGCGUCGACGCCUGCUCCCCAGCCGACCGCGCCACCGACGACGACGAAUCCUGCUCCCCAGCCGACCUUUACACCGGCCACGCGGGAUCCUGCCACGACGACCACCUCCAUCCCUGUUUACGACGAGCAGGCGACGCGUCUGUUUCUGUCUGAGAUUGCUGCUGCUUUUCCAUCGCAGUUGAGUGGGUGGACUGGCUAUGACUAUUGCUCGUGGGACGGCGUGUCAUGUGCGGCGGACGGCGACGUGACUGCGGACCUGCGCGGUCGUGGUCUGGCAGGCACACUGUCUCCGCUGCGCGGUCUUGACGGGUCUGCUGUGCGUGUUGUGUCACUUGACGUGUCGAACAACAGCGGCCUCACCGGCGCGUUCAUGGACAGCUGGGCUGGGCUGAAGCGCUUGCGCUCGCUGAACAUGAGCAAGACGUCUGUGCGUGGCUACGUGCCGAGCGCGUGGAAUGGGAUGAGGAGCCUGCAGACGCUUGAUCUAAGCGAGACGCAGGCGUGCGGUGGGCUGCCCAAUUGGGGCCGGGGCAUGUUGUCGCUGCGCGUGGUGAACCUAUCGCAGACCCAUAUGAGAGGAGUGCUUGCGUCUUCGUGGGCCGCGCUGCCGGUGCUGGAGACAGCCGACUUGAGCGGCAACGCGUUCUGCGGGUGCGUGCCGACGGCGUGGAGGAACAACGUGGUGCUACAGGCUGCCGCUGCCGGCGCGAACUCCGGCCUGACGGCCGCGACGUGCGCAGCGACGAACCGCUGCACCGGACUAAACUACAUGUGUUGGUGA